CUGUUUCAUUUUAACUUGCUGCUCAACCCAUGGAAAUUGGCAGUGAGCAAUGCUUUGGCCAGCUCCUUUUCCUUUGCUUUUGGUUGUACUUUCUGGAUUAAGCUGUGAAUCGAACCAGUAUGAAAAAAAGAGGCACAUAAGGACUGUUUUUAAUGAACAGCCUCGCAUGUCCUCAGAGAGGGGUAAUUUAGUGUUCCAUACUGGGUCUGCUAAAAAUAUUGAGUUUCGAACUGGAUCACAGGGGAAAAUAAAAAUUAAUGAAGAUGACCUUGCAGAACUUUUUAGUCAGAUCAGAAAAAAUAAAGACGAGAUACUAGAAUUAAAAAGAAGUGCUGGUAUCCCUCAAAAUGUAUCCAGCCAGGUCAUUCUGAUGAAUUCCAAGAUUAUGAAUCUUGAGGGCAGACUUCAAAGCUUGGAGCAGGCUGUCCAGAGAAAAGCUUGUAGUAGCAACCCCUGUCAGAAUUCUGGAACCUGUCUAAAUCUUCUGGAUGCCUUCUUUUGUCUUUGUCCCAGUAACUGGCAGGGCCCACUCUGUUCAGUUGAUGUUAAUGAAUGUCAGAUUUAUGCUGGAACAGCACUAGGUUGCCAGAACGGAGCUACAUGUGUGAACACACCAGGCAGUUACAGCUGCAUCUGUACCCCAGAAACCUAUGGGCCUCAUUGUACCUCAAAAUUUGAUGACUGCCAAGGGGGAUCUCGGGAUCUCUGUGAGCAUGGUGUCUGCAUAGAUGCAGACAGAAAGCAGCCCAGUGAGCCAAAAUACCACUGUAUCUGUGAGGCCGGUUGGAUGUCUCCACCAGGUAGUUCUGCCUGCAGUGCUGAUAUAGAUGAAUGCAGUCUUCCUAAUCCCCCAUGUUCGCAGAAUCCUCCUGUUCGGUGCUACAACACUCCAGGAUCUUACUAUUGCGGGCCUUGUCCCACAGGUUGGCAAGGAAAUGGCUACAGUUGCCAAGAUAUUAAUGAAUGUGAAAGGGAGAAUGGCGGUUGUUCAAUAGUACCAAUGGUUCAUUGUAUUAACACUAUGGGAUCAUUCCACUGUGGUCUUUGCCCACCAGGUUAUGAAGGAGAUGGAAAAAUAUGUACCCAGGUUGACAUCUGCUUAAUAAAUAAUGGAGGUUGUCAUUCUUUGGCAUCCUGUACUUCCAUUCCAGGUCUGAUACCUGCCUGCAUCUGCCCAUCAGGGUACACUGGGAGUGGCCACGGACCAAAUGGAUGUAUCCCCCUCAGUGAUAUUUGUCAGCGUCAAAACCCUUGUGUGAAUGGGCAGUGCUUAGCUACACUCUCUGGAUAUUUCUGUCUGUGUGAUCUGGGAUGGACAGGCACUAAUUGUACAGAAAACAUAAAUGAAUGUAGUAGCAACCCUUGUCAGAAUGGUGGGAGCUGCACUGAUGGAAUUAAUGGUUACUCCUGUGAAUGCACAAAUACUUGGACUGGACCUCAAUGUCAGAUUCCUCGGCAGGUGUGUGGAGGAUACCUCUCAGGUUCCAGUGGGACAUUCAGCUACCCUAACAGUCCAAGCAGUCAGCGAUAUGAUAACCGGGUCAGUUGUGCUUGGGUUAUCCGAAUUAACCCCAACAAGAUCCUGCGUAUUACUUUCCUAUUCUUCCAACUGGAAGCUAGCAACGACUGUAAUGGUGACUUCCUUCAAAUUCAUGAUGGGGACUCAGCCUCUGCGCACAUGCUAGGAAAAUACUGUGGCUCAUCUCACCCUACUGAGCUUUUUAGUAGCCACAAUUCUUUGUAUUUCUGGUUCCGUUCUGACCACACUGGGAAUGCAGGGGGAUUUACAGUGAAAUGGGAGUCUCGAGAACCCGAAUGUGGUGGUGAACUUACAAGUAUUUACGGUUCAAUAUAUACGCCAGGAUAUCCUGGUAACUACCCUCCUAAUAGAGAUUGUUAUUGGAGCAUCUCAACCAAUCCUGGUCUUCUCAUCACAUUUGCCUUUGGCACACUAAGUCUUGAACAUCAUGAUAAUUGCAGCCAAGACUAUCUGGAGAUUCGAGAUGGCCUCCUUCCACAAGAUCCCAUCCUCGGUAAAUACUGUAGCACUCGUUCUCCACCCCCACUCCAGACCAGUGGUCCAUCUGCAUGGCUUCACUUUCAUUCUGAUGGAGCAGUCAGUGACACAGGCUUCCACAUCAUCUAUACCACAUCACCUUCAGAUCCCAACUGUGGAGGAAAUUACACUGAUAGUGUGGGGGUUAUCAUGUCCCCCUUCUGGCCUAAUCCUUAUAUUAACAACAGGCAAUGUAUCUAUAUUAUUAGACAACCAGAGAAUGAAAAAAUAUACCUCAACUUCACACACAUGGAAGUUCAGAGUCACAACAGCUGUUCUUGGAAUUACAUUGAGGUUCGAGAUGGUGACAAUGAGAUGUCUCCUCUCAUUAACAAAUUCUGUGGCAGCACUUUUCCUUCCCCAAUCACUUCUGCUAGCAACAGUCUCUGGAUCAAGUUCAAGUCAGAUGCUUCAGUGCAAAGGGCCAGCUUCAGGGCAGUUUAUGAAGUUGCUUGUGGUGGUGCACUGUCUGGAGAAGGUGUUAUACAUUCCCCUUACUUUCCAAGGAUGUCCUCCCGUCCAAAGACCUGUGAGUGGAUCAUCUCCCAGGCAGAUGGCAAAGUAGUGAUUCUUACUUUUAUUGACUUCGGCAUUCGGAAUAUCACUACCUGCUACUCCGAUUAUGUUGAGGUCAGGGAUGGCAACAGCACAGAUUCUCGUCUCCUGGGGAAAUACUGUGGUACAGCUCUACCUUCUGUCACACAGUCUACACAAAGCUAUCUCUAUGUCAAAUUCAGAUCUUCCUCUGUUACAAACCUUGGCUUCAUGGCUGAAUAUCGGCCAUUAGAUACAGCAUGUGGGGAGAUUCUCACUGGACCAGAAGGAACCAUCACAAGCCCUGGUCAUCCAAGCAUUUAUCCACAUGGUGUCAAAUGCACAUGGACUAUCUCAGUCCAGCCUGGGCAUCUUAUCCAUCUGACGUUCACAUCUUUUAACUUGGAAUUUGAGUACAAUUGCAGAAGCGAUUUUCUUGAAGUAUAUGACAAUGGUACAAUGACAAAGAUGGGAAGGUACUGUGGAAGGUCAAUUCCACCAUUGCUCACCAGUGGUGGCAACAUAAUGACACUGUACUUCGUGACGGAUCACACCAUUGCCUCUGAAGGGUUCUCAGCUAAUUAUAACUCAGUGAAUGCUUCCAAAGUGUGUUCACACGAAUACAAUAGUGACACUGGUGUGAUAACGUCACCGAACUAUCCCAAUAACUACCCAGUCAGGGCUCAGUGCAUAUAUAGGAUCACAGUGAGAACCAACAAACAAAUUGUGCUGCGCUUCACCAAUUUCACCUUGGAAGGAAAUAAACGCUGUUCAUCGGAUUACGUAGAAAUCAGAGAUGGAGGCUACAAGACAUCACCAUUCCUUGGAAAAUACUGUGGCUUAACUCUGCCACCUGUUAUUGUCUCCCACAGUAACAGACUGUGGAUAAAGUUUGUAAGUGAUGUGUAUGGCACAAAAACUGGAUUUUCGGCUUACUGGGAUGGAACAUCAACGGGAUGUGGAGGGACUCUCACAACUCCAUCUGGCAACUUCAUGUCUCCAAAUUAUCCUAUGCCUUAUUACCGCAAUUCAGAAUGUUAUUGGUUGCUGAAAUCAAGCCGAGGCAGUCCAUUUGAAAUCCAGUUUGAACAGUUCCACCUGGAGCCCCAUCCCAAAUGCACCUUUGAUUACUUGGCUGUAUAUGAUGGCAACAGUACCAGUGCUAAGCUGCUGGGUAAAUUUUGUGGGAGUCGGACACCAGACACAAUUCGCUCCACUGGGGAUACUUUGUACAUGAAACUAAGGACAGAUAGCAGCUUGCAAGGUGGAGGUUUCCUUGCUAAGUACAAACAAAUUUGCCAAGGGGUAGUGAUUGUCAAUCGUAGCUAUGGCAUCUUGGAAAGUUUAAACUAUCCAAAUAAUUACCCUCUAAAUGAACAAUGCAGCUGGACCAUCAACACUACAAUGGGCAACACAUUGAAUUAUAGUUUUACAGCCUUUGAUUUAGAAGAAGGAUCCAACUGUGACCUUGACUACUUGAAGCUCUAUGAUGGACCCAGCACCCAGUCCAACUUGAUAAACACUUUUUGUGGAAAUACCAUUCCCCUUGUAGGGAGCACCACAGGAACCAGUCUUCAUGUGGAGUUUUACUCUGAUGGAAUCACCUCUAAAAGUGGGUUCCAGAUGCUGUGGUAUAUCAAUGGUUGUGGCAGAGAGCUCUCUGGGCCUUCAGGAUCUUUCCAUAGUCCUGGCUACCCAAACAGAUACCCAAGCAACAGAGAAUGUAUCUGGUACAUUCACACAGCACCUAAGAGCAGCAUCCAGCUGACCAUUCAGGAAUUCGAUAUUGAAUAUCAUCCAAACUGCAGCUAUGAUGUUUUGGAGAUCUAUGGUGGGCCAGAUUUUUGGGCUCCUAGACUGGCCCAGCUGUGUGUGUCAAGAUCAGCACAGAACCCACUACAAGUCUCUAGUACUGGCAAUGCCGUUGCAAUCCGAUUCAAGACAGACAGAUAUGUGAAUGGAAAGGGAUUCAAUGCAACUUGGCAAGAGAUACCAGGAGGUUGUGGAGGUGUUUUUCAAGCUACCAGUGGUGAAAUUCAUUCUCCAAACUACCCUAAUCCUUAUAAUGACAACACUGACUGUUCAUGGGUUAUCCAAGUUGACUAUGGCCAUCGCGUUCUACUGAACUUCACAGAUUUUGACAUUGAACCUCACCAUGCCUGCAAUUAUGAUAAUGUUUCUGUGUUUGAUGGUCCAAACAGUGAAGCCCCUAUUCUUGGAAACCUCUGUGGCAGUCAGCAUCCUACUCCCAUCACAGCCACCCAGAACAUUAUGUUUGUUCGACUGCGCUCUGACAGCAGCCGGCAGCACCGGGGUUUCAGCGCUUACUUUUCUGAAGCAUGUGGAAGACUCAUAGAGACAGAUUCAGUUGGUGCAGCAAUUUCCUCUCCUCUGUAUCCUGCCAAGUAUCCAAACAAUCAGAACUGCAGCUGGAUUAUUCGAGCCCAGGAGCCAUUCAACCAUGUUACACUGUCAUUCACUGAUUUUGCUACUGAAGACAGCAGAAAUAACUGUACUACAGAUUUUGUAGAGCUUUUGGAAGGUGAUAAUUAUGAAGCUCCUCUUCAAGGCCGUUACUGUGGCAUUACCAUGCCACAUCCUGUCACUUCUUUUGGCAAUGCAUUGGUGGUGAAUUUUGUCUCCAAUAAUGCCAGUACUGCCAAAGGCUUCCGUGCUACCUAUGCUGCAUCAGUCUCAUCCUGUGGGGGUACCUUGCACAUGGACAGAGGAGCCUUCAACAGCCCCAACUAUCCUGAUUCUUAUCCCCUGAACACUGAAUGUGUCUGGAACAUUCUCAGCUCCCCUGGCAACCGGCUCCAGCUGUCCUUCAAAAUAUUCCAGCUGGAAAAUAGUGAAAGCUGCACUAAGGAUUAUCUUGAGAUUCGUGAAGGGAAUGAGAGAGGACAGCUGAUAGGACGAUACUGUGGGGAAUCCUUACCUUUAAAUUACACCUCCAUCGUUGGACACAUCCUGUGGAUUAAAUUUGUCUCGGAUGGCUCAGGCAGCAAUGUUGGCUUUUGGGCCACAUUUGCUCAUUUAUAUGGAAAUGAUAUUGUAGGAAAUAGUGGGCAAAUUGCUUCUCCACUGUGGCCCAGAAAUUAUCCACACAAUGCCAAUUAUGAGUGGAAGAUAAUGGUGAAUGCUUCUCAAGUAAUCCGAGGUCAGGUUGUAGAGAUGGACAUUGAAGAUCAUCAUAACUGCAAUUACGAUAAAUUAAAGGUCUAUGAUGGGCCCAGCAUCCACUCACGACCUCUUUCAACAUACUGUGGGGUAGUCCCUUCGUCUUUCACUUCCUCUGGCAGUUCUAUCACACUCCAGUUCCAGUCAGACUACUCCGUGAAUGGAAAGGGCUUCCUUUUGGAGUGGCAUGCCAUGGAAGCUUCUACAGCAACUCCACACCAUGUUGUUAGAGGUGCAUGCGGUGGUAUUGUAACAACAGGAGAAACCCCUUUGUUCCUCUUCUCCCCAGGCUGGCCUAGGAAGUACAGAAAUUUUGCUGACUGUGUCUGGCUUAUCAGAGCUCCAGAGUCCACUGUGGAGUUCAACAUCCUGUCCCUAGACAUAGAAUCUCACAGUUCAUGCAACUAUGACAAGCUUGUUAUCAGAGAUGGGGACACUAGCCUUUCUCCAGUACUGGCCACGGUAUGUGGUCGUGAAGUUCCUGGGCCAAUAAGAUCUUCAGGAGACGCAAUGUUCAUUCAUUUUACUGCUGAUGCAAGUAUCACUGGAUUUGGAUUUAAUGCUUCUUAUCACAAAAGUUGUGGUGGCUAUUUGCAUGCAGACAGGGGUGUGAUCACAUCCCCCAACUAUCCCCAAACCUAUGUGCCUAACCUCAAUUGUUCCUGGCAUGUCUUGGUAACCACCGGAUUCAUCAUUGCUGUGAAUUUUGAACAGCCAUUCCAGGUUCAGGGUGAGGAUGCUUCUUGCAGCCAUGGGGACUAUGUUGAGCUUAAAAAUGGAAUGGAUGACUCUGCCCCACCACUGGGGACCACAGGAGGGAAUGGACAGAUCUGUGGUAGCAGUCCCUUUUCUACUAUGUACACCACAGAAAAUCAGCUGUUUGUCCGCUUCAUUUCUGACGGCAACAAUGAGGGCCAAGGGUUCAAACUGAAGUAUGAGGCUAAGAAUAUGGCAUGUGGAGGGAAUAUCUAUAUCAGUGACUCCAACCCCACUGGAUAUGUAUCUUCCCCCAGUUAUCCUAACAACUAUCCACAGCAUGCUGACUGCAUCUGGACUAUAACGACUCCUAAUGGACAGGCAGUGGAGCUCCGGUUUGAAGAUCAGUUUUACAUUGAACCUUCACCAAACUGUAGUCUUAGUUACCUUGAGCUACGCAAUGGAGCUGACAGCAAUGCACCAAUGAUUGCAAAACUGUGUGGAAGCUCUCUGCCAGGCAUUCAAAGGUCUUCAGGUGGUGUCAUGUACAUGAAAUUCAGAACUGACAAUGGUGCCACACACAUUGGAUUCAAUGUUAAGUACUCAAGAGCUCCGUGUGGUGGAACAGUGACAGGACAAAAUGGUGUAAUCGAAACCGUAGGAUUCCCUGAUCUUCACUAUCAAGACAAUUUGUUGUGUGAAUGGUUUCUCCAUGGACCUAGAGGGCAUUAUCUGACCAUUAGUCUAGAAGAACUAAACAUUCAGAAUUCUCCUGGGUGUGCAAAUGACUUUGUGGAGAUCCGAGAGUAUAAUGCUUCUGGGAAUUUAUUGGCCAGAUAUUGUGGUACUACUGUUCCUGAUGCAGUGGACACCUCUGACAGUUUUGCUUACAUCAGAUUCGUCACAGAUGGAUUUGUCAACGCCCCAGGAUUCAGGUUGCGUUUUGAUGCUAGCAUUGAAGAGUGCGGAGGGGAUCUCAGUGCACCUGUCGGGACAUUCACUUCUCCCAACUAUCCAAGCCCGUACCCACACAACCGAGUGUGUGAAUGGAGGAUCACUGUACAGGAAAGACGACGGGUCACUCUCACCAUUGAUGAUAUGAGGAUUGAAGACCAGCUGGGAUGCAGAUCAGAUUAUAUGGCUGUUUAUAAUGGCCUCAGACGAAAUUCUCCCAGACUAGCCAAACUGUGUGGGGAUGGAAAUCUGGGUACUCAAUUGAAAUCCUCAGGAAAUACAAUGAAAGUAGUUUUGGUCACUGAUGCAUCCAGUUCAACUAGAGGCUUCAGUGUUUCAUAUACUUCUAGUGAAGAAGCAGUUUGUGGUGGAACCCUCAUGAAACCUGAAGGAGGGAAUUUUACUUCUCCAGGUUAUGAUGGCAUCCAAAAUUACACAAGUAACUUGAACUGUGAGUGGACCAUUGAAAAUCCAUCCCAUUACAAUUCAUCCACAUAUAUCUUCUUUGCAUCUUUCCACUUGGAACAGCACCAGGACUGCCAGUUUGAUUACCUAGAGCUACGAAUAGGGGAUGCUGACGGAGAGCUAAUAGCCAGACUCUGCGGCCAGACAACGCCUACAGUGCCACUAGUGGUAGCUGCUCCUCGGAUCUGGGUUCACUUCAGAAGUGAUGAACAUGUAGAAAACAGAGGAUUCUCUGCUUAUUACAUAUUUGAGCCUUGUGGUGGCAUACAGACAGGGGAAAAUGGAGUUCUCUCUAGUCCUAACUACCCAGAACCUUACAACAAUUUUAAUCGCUGUUCUUGGUUGCUGGUAGCGCCUGAAGGUCAAACCAUCACUCUCAGCUUUACAGCUUUUGCUGUUGAACAGCACUCAGUCUGCCGCUGGGAUUCAGUCACGAUUCUGAAUGGUGGCUCGCCUGGUUCUCCUAUCAUAGGACAGUAUUGUGGAACUGUAUCUCCUGGAACCAUUCAGUCUGGUUCCAGCAAGCUAGUGGUGAUUUUUAACUCAGCCCAUUCAGUGCAAGGAGGUGGAUUUUAUGCAACAUGGACAGCAGAGUCUUUAGGAUGUGGUGGAAUCAUUCAUUCAGAUAAUGGUACGAUCAAGUCUCCCCAUUGGCCACAAAAUUUUCCCAUGAAUACCAGAUGCACAUGGACUAUCAUCACUCAUGAAAGCAAACACCUGGAGAUGAGCUUUGACAAUAACUUCCAGAUCCCUAAUAGCAAUGGGGAAUGCCAGCACAGUUAUGUGAAGGUGUGGAGAGGAAAUAAUGAAGAGGAAGCAUCUUUGCUAGCCACAGGAUGUGGAAGUUCAGCUCCUGGCUCUGUUAUUGCUCCUAGCAAUGUUAUAACUACAGUGUUUCAAUCUCAAGACGCUCCUGGGCAUGGUUUCUCUGCAUCUUUCAUAAGCAGGUGUGGAGUAAAUUUCACUGGCCUUACAGGUCGCAUUGUUUCUCCCAACUACCCCAGCCAGUAUGACAACAACUUGAAUUGCAAUUACAUCAUUGAUGUGAGCCCACAGUCAUUUGUUAUCCUACAGUUUGAGACUUUUCAUUUGGAAUCUCCAGCAUUUUCAGGAAGAACUUGUGCUUAUGAUGGAGUGAAAAUCUUCCGUGGGACCAGGAUUACUUCAUACCCUGUUGCUACAAUGUGUGGCAAUGAGAUUCCUGGACCUAUGAGUACCUUUGGAUCCAUGCUGCUCAACUUCUACACUGACUCCCGUAUUGUAGGCCUUGGAUUUCUGGCAAAAUACAAAGUAAUCUCUUGUGGUGGCCUCUUCAAUGGAUCCUUUGGCACAAUCAGGAGCCCCACCCAUUCAAUUACUGAUUACCACAACAAUAUGAACUGCUCAUACCACAUCACAGUUGGAAACAACAAAGUGGUGGCACUCAAGUUUAAUGAUUUCCAUCUUGAAGCCUCUUCCUCCUGUUACAAAGAUUAUGUGGCUCUGUACGAUGGCUUGAACAUCUACACUCCAGUCCUUGGCAAAUUCUGUGGCUCAGAGCUUCCUCCAACUAUUAAGAGCUCCAGCAAUAACUUGCUCCUAGUAUUUAAGACUGACUUUUUUCAAGUAGCUGGAGGUUGGAAAGCAUCUUUCAGAGAGACAAUAGGACCUCAGCACGGCUGUGGUGGUUAUCUGACCAAUUCCAGUUACAGCUUUGGCUCUCCAGAUUCUGACAUGAAUGGCAGAUAUGACAAAAAUUUGGAUUGUGUGUGGAUCAUAGCUGCUCCUAUAAACAAGCAGAUCAACUUCACCUUCACCACAUUUUCUCUUGAAGCACCAUCAGCUCAAAGUUGCCGAUAUGAUUAUGUUAAUUUGUAUGAUGGAGAGAAUGAAAAUGCUAAUUUAGUUGGCACAUUUUGUGGCUCCACCAUUCCAGCUCCUUUUGUUUCUACCAGUAACUUCAUGACUGUGAAGUUUUCCACAGAUGUAUCUGUUGAAAGGGCGGGUUUCAACAUUACCUACACAACUGUGGAUAGACUGUGUGGAGGAAUAUAUAACGCAACUUCUACCCAACAGACUGCAAUGUCACCUAAUUUUCCAAAUGCAUAUCCACCAUUUACUGUUUGCGUUUGGAUCAUUGAUGCUCCUCCACAAGAAGAAGUCCAACUGGCAGUAGAGACAUUCCAUCUCCAUUCCAGCCAGGACUGCUCUCAGAAUUACCUGGAAUUCCAGGACCGCACAAUGAAUAACCGUGGACAAAUCCAUAGAUUCUGUAGCACUGAAACUUUUGCAAUCCCUGAGUUUUAUUCUCAUGGCCGCACUGUCAUUGUGACUUUCAGAUCAGAGGAAUAUAUGAUUAAUAAUGGAGUCAGGUUUACCUAUCAAGCUGCAGGUUGCAGCAGAGAAUAUAAUCAGUCAUUUGGUUAUCUGAAAAGUCCUGGCUGGCCUGGUCUUCAUCCCAAUAACCUGGAUUGUACCAUUAUUCUGCGAGCUCCGCUGAAUCACACAAUUUCUCUCUUUUUCCAUGCUUUCAAUCUGGAAGACACCCGGCAAUGUUCACAUGAUUUCUUAGAGGUCAGAAAUGGAAGUGAUGCCAGUUCCCCACUACUUGGCAGGUAUUGUGGAAAUACUUUGCCCAGUCCCAUCUUCCCUAAAAAUCAGGUUAUCUACCUACAUUUCAAGAGUGACAUUUUAGUUGCUCAUGAUGGAUAUGAGAUCACUUGGACUUCAUCACCAACUGGAUGUGGAGGAACCUUAUAUGGUGAAACUGGUUCAUUUACCAGCCCAGACUAUCCUGCAACUUACCAAAACAAUACUGAUUGUGAAUGGCUCAUUUUUGCCCCAAAGGGAAGAACCGUAAAAGUAAACUUUGUUUUCAUCUACAUUGAUGAUCCAGGUGACUGCAUUAGAAACUACCUGAUACUUUACAAUGGACCGAACGCCACCUAUCUCCCGACUGGACCAUACUGUGGCACAGAUACCAACAUUGCUUCAUUUACUGCUACAUCACAUCAAGUCUUCAUAAAAUUCCAUGCUGAAUAUGUAACUUUACCAUCAGGAUUCCUGUUAACUUGGACCAGCUAGAACCAUCGUUGCCAUGAAGUGCAUUUCCUCUGUACUUUGGUAAAUUGAAGAGAUUUUAGAUCAUAGAAUUAUGGUUUGAAAUAUGAUUGUGAUUAUUACAAGUUAAAAAAAUUACUUUAAGAACAGUU